AUGGUAAGAGAUUGUUUUCAAGAAAAUGAGUUUCAAGAUGCAAGCUUGAAGCUUUUUGGAACACGAGAUAAGGAUGGAAGAGUUCACAAUUUGCCAACAACAUCAGAAAUUGCUGCGUUAAUACAUGGUGAUUUUGAUGGAGCAUUUGAUAAAUGGGACAUUGUUGUUAGAAAGAAGUCUGGUGGUCUUCAAAGAAUUAAUGAGCUUCAUCCCUCUUACCUUGCUUUGCAAUAUCCACUUAUUUUCCCAUAUGCGGAAGAUGGUUAUAGAGUUGGUAUUAAACAUAGAGGGAUUGCGAUUGAUGAUGAGGUACUUAGAACCAAUCUUACAAUUAGAGAAUUCUUUUGUUACAAAAUUCAAGAUAGACAGAAUCAGUUUUCAUUGUUAGUUAAUGCGAAAAAAUUAUUUCAGCAGUUUUUGGUUGAUGGAUACAAGAUGAUAGAAUCUGCCAGGUUGAAUUAUAUAAGGACACAACAACCUAAACUUAGAGUACAAACUCUUAAGAACUUGAAUGCUACUGUUGUAAGUGGAGAGAAUAAUGCCUCAAGUUGUGGUAAACCUAUACUUUUACCUUCAUCAUUUACUGGUGGUUCUAGAUAUAUGAUGCAAAAGUACUUGGAUGCUAUGGCAAUUUGCAAGUCUGUUGGAUAUCCCGAUUUAUUCAUAACGGUGACUUGUAAUCCAAACUGGCCUGAGAUUUACAGGUGUUUGCACGAUAAAGCUCUUAAUGCUGAAGACAGACCGGAUAUUAUCUUUAGAAUAUUCAAGUGUAAAUUGGAUCAUCUUAUAAAAGAUUUCAAGAAACAUAAAUUCUUUGGUGAUAUACAAGCAGCCCACUGUUCAAAAAUUUCAGUUAUGUAUAGAGUGGAAUUUCAGAAGCGUGGACUCCCACAUGCUCACAUAUAUUUGUUCUUGGGUGCUGAAAGCAAAUUUCCAAAUGCAUCUGAUAUUGAUCGGGUUAUUACUGCUGAGAUACCAGAUAAAGAAAGAGAUCCUGAAUUAUAUGAGCUUGUCAAGCAAUUUAUGAUUCAUGGACCAUGUGGUACAGACAACCUACUUUGUCCAUGUAUGGUUCAGCAAAAUUGUUCUAAAAAGUUUCCCAAAAAAUAUGUAGAUGAGACUUGUGUUGAUUCUGAAGGAUAUCCUGUCUAUCGUCGCCGUCAAACAAGUAAUACGGUAGUAAAGAAUGGUGUGACACUUGAUAAUAGAUUUGUAGUUCCUUACAAUGCUCUCCUGCUCAGAAAGUAUCAGUGCCACGUUAACGUUGAAUGGUGCAACCAGUCAGGUUCUAUCAAAUAUUUGUUUAAAUAUAUUAAUAAGGGGCCUGAUAGAGUCACUGCUUCUGUUUUUCAAACCAAUAGCACCAAGAAUAAUACGGAACAAAAUGUAGCUGUAGAUGAGAUAAAAGCAUACCUUGAUUGUAGAUAUAUCUCUGCUUGUGAAGCUGCUUGGAGAAUAUUCAUGUAUGAUAUACAUUAUAGAUAUCCAGCUGUUGAAGUAUUACCUUUUCAUUGUGAAGAUGGUCAGAGUAUUGUGUAUAACGAUCAUGAUAAUUUGUGUGAUAUUGUUACUGAUCCAACUGUGAAAUUGACAAUGUUUACAGAGUGGAUGAAUUGUAAUAAAGUCGAUGAAUUUGCCAGGACAUUGAGGAUUUUACUGAAUCAUAUUAAGGGACCAACCUGUUUUGAAGAUAUAAAAACAGUUGAUGGGCAAGUUUUUCAAACAUUUAAAGAUGCAUGUUUUGCACGGGGGCUGUUGGAUGAUGAUAAAGAAUAUGUUAAUGCUGUCAAAGAAGCAAGCACAUGGUCAACCAGAGAUUUCUUGAGGACCUUUUUUGUAAUGUUGUUGCUGUCAAAUUCGAUAUCUCAUCCUGGUGUUUUUUGGUCAGAAACGAAGUCCCUGUUAUGUGAAGACAUUUUGUAUCAGCAACGAAAGAUAACUGGUAUUGCAGAUUUAGAUCUUCAACAGGAAGAACCUGAAAAUAUCUGUCUAUCUGAAAUUGAAAAGUUGCUACUUACCAAUGGAAGUACAGUGAUAAAUUUUGAUGAUAUGCCAAGUGUUUCGGACAAUUAUGUUUCAUCGUCGAACAAUCGAUUGAUAAUGAAAGAAUUAUCGUAUGACAGACUAGCUCUUCAAAGGGAACAUGGUCGUUAUGUAAAGUGUUUAACUGCCGAACAGGAAAGGAUAUAUAAAAUUGUUAUGGAAGCGAUUGAAAAAGGUGAUGGAGGUGUGUUUUUUGUAUAUGGUUAUGGUGGAACUGGAAAGACGUUUCUUUGGAAGACAUUCUCAGCUGCAUUACAAUCAAAAGGUGAAGUUGUAUUGAAUGUUGCAUCCAGUGGAAUUGCUUCACUUUUGCUGGAUGGUGGUAGAACUGCUCAUUCAAGGUUUGUAAUUCCAAUCAACAUUAAUGAGAAUUCAAUAUAUUCGAUAGAGCCUAAUACUGAGUUAGGUGAUUUAACUAAAAGAGCAACAUUGAUUAUUUGGGAUGAAGCACCUAUGACUCACAAGCAUUGUUUCGAGGCUCUUGAUAGAACAAUGAGAGACAUAUCACGUUCCAGUCAACCGAACAUGCAAUCGAAGCCAUUUAGGGGAAAGGUCAUUCUAUUUGGUGGUGAUUUUAGACAAAUUCUUCCGGUCAUCUCUAAAGUACUAAAGCUAACUGAGAAUAUGAGAUUAAGAGUUGGUUGUCAGGAAGCAGAUUUGAAAGAAAUAAAGGAAUUUGGAGAAUGGAUUUUAAAGCUUGGUGAUGGUCUGCUUGGUAAAGAAAAUGAUGGUGAGAUUGAUAUUGAAAUACCAGAUGAUUUACUUAUUCAUGACCAAGUCAAUGCUAUUUCUUCUCUCAUUUCAUAUAUAUAUAUCCGGACAUGA